CUUAUUUAGGAGGUCUGGUCUCAGUUCCACCUCCAUAAUCCAAACAAUACUAAUAAUUUAUGUACCGGAGUCACUCUGUUGCAGCUGAGAAGAUUGGAUUCACAUCAAUCCGGCCAUUUUAUGGUCAAAAUGGAUCUCUGGAGGAGGUUCUUGGUGGUCUCAACUUCGGGUCAACACAAGCUAGAAUCAUGAAUCAAGGAAGCUACAGUCACCAGUCUCUCAACCAACAACUACGCCAGGUUUCUGAAACUAUGCAGCUGUUGCAACUGCAGCUGACUGAGGACACAGCUCUUCAACUUACAAAAUCCUCCAUCUUUUUCCUCUCCUUUGGCAAAGAAGAUUACAUUGACCUAUUCAUCCAUAACUCUUCCAGUUCCAACCACACGCUGCAGCGCGGUUCCCAAUAUUUUGCUACCAUUUUGGUGAACCAAAUGGCGAAUGCUGCGAGGUAUCUUUAUAAUGCUAAUGCAAGGAAAAUCAUAUGUUUGGGAGUCCUGCCUUUGGGAUGCACACCUCGUAUGGUCUGGGAGUUGAAUAGCACGUCAUUAGCGGGAGAUUCUAAUGCAACCGGUUGUGUGGAACAUGUCAAUGACAUGAUCUUCGAAUACAAUAGAUUGCUGGACGAACAAAUAGAUAAGCUCAAUACAGAAUUUCCUGAUGCUCAGAUGGUGUUCUGUGAUGUGUACAAUGGAAUGAUGGAGAUUAUCAACGAGCCAAGGCUUUAUGGUAUGUUUUUCCAUCCCUUGAUAGCUUUGCACUGA